AUGAGGCUGAAGAUCAGAAAGAAGCGACGUUUCCUCACGCACGACACGCCUAUCCAGCAAUAUCGCCGUGCUACGCGGGCCGAGAACACCACAGACGAGCUACAUUUUACUUCACUUGUCAUAACUUUGUGGUGUUUAUUUGUGUUAUUCUCCUCAUCUUCUUACACAGCUACCCGUUAUGACGGGUUAGAGCAACGGAAGGAAAUGAGUUCCCUUCACGAUACCUCCACCACGGAAACUGCGUGCUCUUCAAAUUACACCACUGACAGCGAUCUGGAGAUGCCGCCGUGUAGUUUGAAUUCUCCUGACCUUAGACAGUCGCAAUUAUAUUCGCAAGGACUAUGCUGGAUGACGAUUGGUACUGUACUGCCGUUAUACCCUUGGGCUACAGUGGAGGUUCCCCUUGAAACCGAUGUCGAUUUUGGUUCGUUAUGCAAAGAGUAUGGACCGCCUCUACACAUCCAUUUUUAUGACGAUCGCUGUGGAAACCUCGUAUCUCGAAUAGACUUUCAAGACGUCUCUUUGACGGAAGCAGUGAAAGCUCUCAAUGCCCAACAUACGUGUACGCACAGAAUAAAUCUUAUGAUCAAGAUUGACUGCUGUACUGAAAGUCAGAUCUCGACUAUUCUCCCUACUCUGAAACUUCUACUGUUUCGUUGUCGAAUAAACUUUUCUGUAAGAGAAUGGGAACGAUGUGUUCUUCAAAUGUCAGACUACAAGUUUGCAUGGAAAGUGGUACAGGUUUUGGGGGAAUUUGUGGACAAGAUUUUUGAACUGAACAUAGGGUCUGUGGAGUUUGUCAAACAAAAGCGAAGACGGAACAAUCCAGACGAAGAAGCACAGUAUGUGGCUCAGUUGCUGGAGACAUGGCUUCCUAAGUGUUCACAAAACUUGAGAUGUAUCCGAAUAUUCGCUUUCAUUCGACUUGAUAGCCACUUGUCGAUUAUUUUGAGCAAGUGUCCUGUUCUGACGCACCUCACUCUUUCAAAGAUCUCCGAAAUUUCCUGUCCCUGCUUCAACACAAUAGAAUCAUUCGAAUUCAAUGGGUGUGGAAUGGGCUAUACUGAAGUAGACUUAGAACUCGGCAAGCACUUGGUGAAGUACUUCCCAUGUGUGCGUGUGAUUGCAUAUCGUAAAGUGUGCUUUGAUCCGGUGCUUACGUCCAUGAUUCGAGGUUUGACACCUACUGGGCAACGUUUCAAAAUAUUCCAAAUCAUCUCCGUUCAACAUUUUGCGUCUCUGGUGAAGCAGAUGUUUAAAUUGAUUUCUCUCAAAGACGCUGCCGAUCAUGUUGAAUUAGUGAACGAAAGGUACGGGACUCGUAUCACGGUUUUUGACAGUCAUCAGAUUUAUCAUAGUCCGUAUUAG